CCCCUCCUCCACUGUUUCGGACAUCGCAAUCUAAAUCCAACCUCCACAUAUUAAUUUCAGGAAGAUGUACAGAGCCAGAGACACUUGAUUACUGAAGCUUGGAAGAGUAGCAACGCAACAGACAAACUGAAAUGUUUUGAUACUGUAACUCUUUGGGAAUGCCUCUUUAAAACUUGGUUGUAUCGCCGCAUUGUAUUCUAUGUAACUCGUACUACUCCGUCUGGACUGUAUAAUGGACUGGACGGUUAGCAGUCGGGCCCUAUUGUGGUGCAUUUUCACGUUACUGUGUAGUAUUGACCCACUUCAAAUGAGUUUCUGCCGCGCCAGCACCGUCUCCCUCCCCGACAGCCUGCUCUUUGUGUCCACCCUGGAUGGAAACCUACACGCCGUCAGCAAGAAAUCAGGCUCUAUCAAAUGGACGCUGAAAGAAGAUCCUGUUCUGCAGGUUCCAACGCAUGUGGCAGAGCCAGCUUUUCUGCCUGACCCUAAUGAUGGCAGCCUGUACUCUCUAGGAGGGAAGAACAACGAGGGACUGACUAAACUGCCUUUCACCAUACCUGAGCUGGUCCAGGCGUCUCCCUGCCGCAGCUCUGACGGGAUCAUCUACAUGGGUAAGAAACAGGACCUGUGGUAUGUGGUGGACCUGUUGACAGGGGAGAAGCAGCAGACCCUCACUUCCUCCUUUGCUGAGAUGCUGUGUCCCUCCUCCUCCCUGCUCUACCUGGGACGCACCGAGUACACUAUCACCAUGUACGACACCAAGAGUAGACAGCUCCGCUGGAAUGCCACCUACUUCGACUACGCCUCCACGCUGCCUGACGACGACACCAAAUACAAGAUGGCCCACUUUGUCUCCAAUGGUGACGGACUGGUGGUGACAGUGGACAGUGAGUCGGGUGACGUCCAGUGGAUCCAGAAUUACAACUCCCCCGUGGUGGCCAUGUACAUAUGGCAGCGCGAGGGCCUGUGCAAGGUGCCGCUCACCAACGUCGCUGUGGAAACGCUGCGCUACCUCACCUUCAUGUCAGGCGAGGUGGGCCGCAUCACGCAGUGGAAGUAUCCCUUCCCCAAGGAGAAGAAGCCCAAGAACAAGCUCAUGGCCACACUCUACGUAGGCAAGUACUCCACCAGCCUGUACGCAUCGCCCUCCCUGGUGCAUGAUGGGGUCACGGUCGUGCCCCGCGGCAGCACCUUCCCCAUGCUGGAGGGUCCUAACAGCCAGGAGGUAACAAUGGAGGAGGAGUGUGUGAUCACCCCCAGGACCAGCGUCAAAUUCAACUCUGCCCUGAGGGAACGCAACCGCAUCAACUUCAUGAGGAACCACCUGCUCCUCAUAGGUCAUCAUGAGACGCCUCCUGAUGCCCAUAACGAGAUCCUGGAGAAGUUCCCUGACAGUAUCCCACGCCAGCAGGGCAAUGUCAUCCCCCCCACCACAGAGAAGACCCUAGAGGAGAAGGUGAAUGAGAGUGACAUGGGAGAAGGCCCCACUGUGGGCCCCAGCCCCCCGGUGGUCACCUCCAUCCAGGAGCAGCCGGGGCGGACCACACCGGUGAGGGUGGAGGCCCCUGUGGACUCCAUGCUUAAAGACAUGGCCACCAUCAUUUUCAGCACCUUCCUCCUGGCUGGCUGGGUAGCCUUCAUCAUCAUCUACCCCAAGAGUGUUCACAAACAGCAGCAGCUGCAGCAUGAACAGUUCCAGAGGCAGUUGGAUGAGCGGCUGGAUCUCCUGAGGAGACAGCCGUUCCCUCCCCCAGGGACCGACCUGCCCCUGCUGGCCCCGGACGCUGACUCAGACCACAGCAGCCCCAACGGCACCCCCAACAUCACCCCACGUGCAUCCAACCACUCCAACCUGUCUGUGCCCGAGCUGGGCAGCUCCGCCAAUGAACACGAGGACGGAGAUGAGGACUCCAACAUGGUCAGAAUUGGAAAGAUAACGUUCCGUCCCAAAAAUGUUUUGGGACACGGUGCAGAGGGAACCAUCGUGUAUAAGGGUCAGUUUGACAACCGUGCCGUGGCAGUCAAGAGGAUCCUCCCAGAAUGCUUCAGCUUUGCUGACCGUGAGGUGGACCUGCUGCGCGAGUCGGACGAGCACCCCAACGUCAUCCGCUACUUCUGUACAGAGAGGGACCGCCAGUUCCAGUACAUCGCUAUAGAGCUGUGUGCCGCCUCACUGCAAGAGUAUGUGGAGAGACAGGAUUUUGAUCGGCAUGGACUGGAGCCUGUGAUGCUGCUGCAGCAGACCAUGUCAGGACUGGCACACCUGCACUCCCUCAAUAUAGUGCACAGAGACCUGAAGCCCCACAACAUCCUGGUGUCCAUGCCCAACGCGCACGGCCGGGCGCGGGCCAUGAUCUCCGACUUUGGCCUGUGUAAGAAGCUGGCGGUGGGCCGACACAGCUUCAGCAGGAGGUCCGGGGUGCCCGGCACCGAGGGGUGGAUCGCCCCAGAGGUCCUCAGUGAGGACAGCAAGGACAACCCUACGUGCACGGUGGACAUCUUCUCUGCAGGCUGUGUGUUCUACUAUGUAGUGUCCUGGGGAUGUCAUCCCUUUGGCAAGUCCCUGCAGAGGCAAGCCAACAUACUGCUGGGUGCCUACAGCCUGGACCAGCUACAGCCCCACAAACAUGAGGACAUUGUGGCCACAGACCUGAUAGAACAGAUGCUGAAUAUGGAGCCCCAGAGGAGGCCUUCUGCUGAGAGCGUGCUCAAACACCCCUUCUUCUGGAGCCUGGAGAAACAACUGCAGUUCUUCCAGGACUUGAGUGACAGGAUAGAGAAGGAGCCGCUGGACGGACCAAUCGUAAGGCAGUUGGAGCGAGGGGGGCGGGCCGUGGUGAAGCUGGACUGGAGGGAACACAUCACAGUGCCUCUACAGACCGAUCUACGUAAAUUCCGGUCGUAUAAAGGAGGGUCUGUCAGAGAUCUUCUCCGCGCCAUGAGAAACAAGAAGCACCAUUACAGGGAGUUACCAGCAGAGGUCCAGGAGACUCUGGGCUCUAUCCCUGAUGACUUUGUCUCCUACUUCACCUCCCGCUUCCCCCACCUGCUGCGCCACACCUACCUGGCCAUGCACACCUGUGCCCACGAGAGGUCAUUCCUUCCCUACUACUCCAGCUCAGAGCAGCUCUCCUGGAUACGGACUCCCUACACACACCCCGGGCCCAAGGCCACACCCACGCUGCAGACACACACGUCGCAGCCAGAGGAACCCACACCGUCAAAUACAGUACCCUCACAGCCUGAGAUGGUGUCAAACACAAUUCCAUCCACAGAACCCAUACAGUCAGUGACCGUAUCAGACUCUACACUCAUACAGUCACUGUCAAUCACAACAACACCCCCACAGUCAGUGCCAACCACAUCAUUACCAGUCCAACUAGUACUGCCUACAUCAUUACCCACAUCACCCACAUCAUUACCAGUCCAACCAGUACUGCCUACAUCAUCACCCACAUCAUUACCAAUCCAACCAGUACUGCCUACAUCAUCAGCCACAUCAUUACCAGUCCAACCAGUACUGCCUACAUCAUCACCCACAUCAUUACCAGUCCAACCAGUACUGCCUACAUCAUCACCCACAUCAUUACCAGUCCAACCAGUACUGCCUACAUCAUUACCCACAUCAUUACCAGUCCAACCAGUACUGCCUACAUCAUCAGCCACAUCAUUACCAGUCCAACCAGUACUGCCUACAUCACCCCCACCCUCAUCCACACUGCCAGACCUGCCUCCACAGACAGUGUUGCCCUCAGAACCCCCCACACCAUCAGAAACCCCCUUACAGAUCCCGUCCCACCUGAACCACACAUACUGCCAGUGCCACAUCCAGCCACACCGGACACGGAGCCUGCCUGAGAGCCGACGAGGGGUGGUGGAUGAGUGCUGCACAGAGGAGCGUUGCCUUACGAGUGGACACAUACUGGGGCUCUGUUGCUCUGUCCUGUGCUGGUGAGGACCAGGCCUGCAGUGCCUGGGAGCUGCCGACGGGGGAGCAGCAGCCCAAACCAAGUGCCUUUCCUGCUCGACUGAGACAAAAUGGCACCGAAUGAAACCAUCCAGAGGUCCCUCAACGCAUCAAGAAGCCAGGGUUGAAAUGAACUAGUGGGGGCCGUACUGUGUAGUACAGAGAGAAACGGUUUUAUUUAUAAUGGAGUCCCUCCUAAUGUCAAGUAUUGUGAGGUAUUCAAGUAUUGUUGGGCACAAAAUACCUGGCAAAGCAAGGGAGGAAUUCUUCUGUUGAUGUUGUUGAAAGACAAGUCGACAAUGGUAGUUUUACUGUGGAAUCUUGUUAUUUCUCUUAAUGAGCCUAUUCACUGUAAAGAGGUGUAUAUUUUUGUAUAGGUGAUGACUUGAUAAUGACUUAAUCAUCGAUAAUCAGGUGAUGUGGCCAUUGUGCCUUUUUAAAUAACACUGUGUUAUGUAUGGGAGCUCUGUGAGGGUAGACUUCUCUGAAAUAGUUUUGCUUACUGCUGCAGAUGCUGUUAGUGACUGCUUUUCUGUCUUGAAUCAAUACUAUUUCAGUGCCUGUCUUCCUGUGCAGGCGAGGACAGAUAGUCCAAAGGUUGUUUGAACUGAACACUGGUAAAAUCAUAAUGUGUUUAUCUUUUCGACUUUUGUCUUGUUUCUGAUAGCGUUGUGCUGUACAUCGGGUACAAGACGUACUGAUUGUGUUUUUAUUGCAGGGCGUCACCCAAAGUCUUGUUUGCUUGACCUCUGACACACUAGGCCUUUACUAAAACUGGUUCAACUACAAGUCAUGAUAGGAUGAUUACAGAAAGUAUUCACUUCACAUUCUGGUUUUUGCUGUCAGAGGAAUGAUGUGUUUUCUCUCAUCUUAGCUUUGAUGAAUGAUGAUCCAAUGCAACAUGUUUUAUUCAAUCAUAUUGUCUGUAUAAUGAUUGGCAGUUAAAUAGGUCUUCAUUUUUUUAAUGAAUUAACUGUUAUAGUUUGUUAAUAUUUUCUUAAGUGGAAUACAUUUACUUCAGGUUUAUUUUGUACUGUUCAUUGUACAUCAAAAACCCCAAGAAUGUACAGUAUUUUGUCUAAUGCAAGCUGUUUAAAAUUAAGUGAAGAGGGUUUUGUGCAAAAGUGAACCGUAAAUAUUUUGCAGUCCCGUCUGACGAUGCCUUUUACUGUUAAGAUUUCAUUUCUAACAUGCCAUCCUGAAUACAAGAAUAGUUUGUUUUAUGAUAUUCCACUUUCAGUUUUGCAAUUGUCUCCUUUUGCUAACAUGUCUGCCAUUGUUGGAGUGAAAAUGCCAAAUUAAAUCAGCAUUAAUAUCUGU